CUGAUAGUGUUAAAAGCUAUUAUAUGCAGUCUCGCCUGUCGGGUUUAGCAAAGAUGUGGCAUAAUGCUUUACGGAGCUACGAAAUGACAUGGUUUGAAUGGAAGGAGCGAAUUCUUGAAGCUUUUCCUCAAAACAUGGAUUAUGCGGAAGCUCUUAAGGAAAUGAUCUAUAGAAAGAAAUUGUUUGGUGAGACAAUGACACACUAUUUUUACUCUAAAUGUAGCAUGUUAACUAAAUGCGAAAUCACUGGUGAUAAGGCUGUGUCUUGUUUGAUCGAAGGGCUACCAUUUCACUUAAAGACCUCGGCAAGAGCAGGUAACUACAGAACCCCUGGUGAGUUAUAUUCUCAGUUCUUGUGCAUGAACGAUGAGAAAAAGGGACCUCCAAACCGACAAUAUUCAAUGCGUGGCAGAGAUUUUAACGCUCCUGGUACAUCAAAGGAAGUGAUCGCAGGAGAACAGAAGUCUAUAUCAUCAUCAAACAAACCAUCUGUAACCUGUUUUUUAUGCAAGGAAGCAGGUCACGUCGUGCGGUCGUGUCCGAAGAAUCCCAACGCUGUUAAAUGUGACGUUUGUGGGAAGACGAACCACAAGACAGAGCAGUGUUUCCGGAAGGCUUCGGUGAACCUUGUUGACUCCCAGAGUCGCAAAGUCGUCAGGAUGGACGAGUGUCAAUAACGGCCAUAGAAGUCUCUCGAGCAGCAAAUAGAUGGCGCAACGGUUGCGUCGAUGGAGCAACGUCACUGCCAUCAACACGUCACACCACUCCGUUUCUAUCAUGGCCGCAAGAGGGCACUCGCUCGUCGCAACUAUGGCGCCAGCAUUCCUACCAAACGGACCAAUCAGCGACGUUCGUACCAAUCACGCCACUGGAACCUCGCAACGUGAUUAGCCGAGGCAACUGUAACCAGAUUAUUGGAGGGGAGUUCGUUAUCCAGCCGUUUGAAAAUUUAGACCGACGCGGCCAUUACGCUUGGAACUUUGGUAGCGAAAACAACUGUAAAUUGGUUGUUGGAUAGUGCUAAAAGAUAAGUACUAGAUUUAGUAAUUGCCUGCUAUUACCUGUGUUUUUGGUAUAUUUAGCUGUUUGUUGAUUUUACAAUUAGUGUCUAACGGCUUUUGGUUGCUUUCUUCAUUGUAUUUAAAUAGCGGUCGCGUUUGUGGUUAAUAUCAAGCUUUAAUUUAAAUUCUAACGUUUUGUAUUUAACCGUUAAACUAUAGUGAUAAUGACUAUAGCUCUAUAGACGUUGCAAAUUGUACUAUGCUGUUAAUAGUGUUCUAUUUUGAAUAGGGUUAUGAAAGUUAAGAUUAAUUAUUUAAAUUCAGUUAAAGUCGUCUUUGCUUAACAAUUCAGUUGUAAUUUAAAUCGUUAUUUAAUAUUGCCAGUAAUACUAGAAUACCUAGGUAUUCUAGUAUUUAGUACUUAUCAUUUAGGAAGCUAGGUUUUCUAGAUUUAACUAUUAUUGU